CCCUCAGCAAACAUCUCUAAGAGCUGCGAAGCCAGACCAUGUGGUUAGACUAUAUUCUGCAUAAUUACUUCCUAUUCCAUUAUGCUGACCUCAAGUGCAAGAAUGGAGUCAAGAGGUCAGCAACGGUGGCAACAGGAGGACGCUCCAGAAGCUGCAGAACUCUGUGCAUAGUAAUCCUAGUGCAGCAAUGCAUUGCAUUAUUCAUUUUUAAAGUAGGAUUUACGCUUGCACAUCCCCAGUGUUUGGAUUACAGACCCCCCUUUCAGCCAGCCCAUCACCUGGAAUUUUGCUCUCAAUAUGAAACUUUCGGCUGCUGCGACCAGGGUACUGACAACAGCAUUGCUGAGCGAUAUUGGGACAUCAUGGACUACCUUGACCUGCAAGGGCAUGAACUUUGUGGAGGAUUCAUCAAGGACAUUCUUUGUCAGGAAUGCUCACCAUAUGCUGCACACCUGUAUGAUGCAGAAGACCCAACAACACCAUUAAGAACCCUGCCUGGGCUUUGUCUAAACUACUGCACUGAGUUCCAUGUGAAAUGCAGUUCUGUGAUCAGUUUUCUGACUGAAGAUAAGCACAUCCAAGAUUCUUGUGAGAAAGACCGAACCCAGUUCUGCAAUAUAUUGCAGCUGCCAGAUCAAGACUAUUGUUACCCCUUUGUUCUGCAGAAUACAAAGCUCAGUGGUAGCCUUGGAUCCAUAGUGGAGGAUCGCACUGGCUGCUUGCAGUUGUGCCUCACUGAAAUCGCAAAUGGACUGCGCAACCCAGUGUUGAUGUUGCAUGCCAACGAUGAAACUCAUCGCAUGUUUGUGGCUGAACAGCUGGGAUUUAUUUGGGUUUACCUCCGUGAUGGGAGCCGACUUGAAGAACCAUUUUUAGACAUCAGUGGUGAAGUGUUAACAACGCCUUCAGAAGGCGAUGAGCGAGGAUUUUUAGGCAUGGCUUUUCAUCCUCAGUACAAGAGAAAUGGGAGAUUUUUUGUAUAUUACUCCAUUUUGCUUGUAAAUGGCACUGAAAUGAUCAGAAUAAGUGAAUUUAAAGUAUCACCCUUUGAUAUGAACAAGGCAGAUGUAAAUUCAGAAAGGAAGUUACUUGAGGUUGUAGAACCUGCUGCAAAUCAUAAUGGAGGACAGCUGUUAUUUGGCCUUGAUGGUUAUCUGUACAUCUUCAUCGGGGAUGGAGGAAAAGCUGGGGACCCUGAAGGAAAAUUUGGAUAUGCUCAAAACAAGAGUAUAUUACUAGGGAAGGUUUUACGAAUUGAUGUGGACAGUGUUGCUGAGAAUGGACUGCCCUACAGAAUUCCACCUGAUAAUCCCUUUGUAUCAGAUCACGGUGCUUGCCCAGAGAUCUACGCUUUUGGAAUCCGAAAUAUAUGGCGCUGUUCUGUAGACCAAGGGGACCCAGUAACACAAUAUGGCAAGGGACGAAUAUUUUGUGGUGAUGUUGGACAAAACAGAUUUGAAGAAAUUGACAUAAUUGUAAAAGGAGGAAACUAUGGCUGGAGAGCUAAAGAGGGAUUUGAGUGCUUUGAUAUCAAACUUUGUCACAAUAAUACUUUAGAUGACAUCCUUCCAAUUUAUGCAUACAGCCAUCAUAUUGGAAAGUCAGUCACUGGAGGCUAUAUCUACCGGGGAUGUGAAUCUCCAAACUUAAAUGGCCUAUAUAUUUUUGGUGAUUUCAUGACUGGCCGCCUUAUGGCACUGGAGGAAGACAAGAGGACUGGUACAUGGAAAAAACAAGAUGUCUGCAUGGGGGAGCCCAAAACUUGUGCUUUUCCUGGACUCGUUAAUAAAUAUAGUCGCUACAUCAUUUCAUUUGCUGAAGAUGAAGCAGGAGAACUUUAUUUUAUGUCAACAACAUAUGCAACUGCUCAUUCUCCACAAGGAACCAUUUACAAAAUCAUUGAUCCUUCCAGGAGAGCUCCACCAGGGAAAUGUAAAUACAAGCCAAUUCCAGUUAAAGUAAAGAGUAAAACUGUACCUUUUGUUCCUCGAACAAAAACCAUCAUUGAUGUGAAUGAGAUACUUCCCACAAAACCUCCACUGCACAAAGCAAAGUUUAUUUUUCCAGAGCAAAAAGCAAUAUUUCCAACUCCCAUAGUGUCAAAGGUUAAAUUUACACUGCAAACACCUACUAGAAUCCCAUUUUCUACAAAACGACCAUAUGCAAGAACUACUUUUGCUACAGUACACACACCUGCUGAAACAAAUUUCACAACUAGAAGACCACUGAUAGGUAAACCCAGAAAAGGAUCCACAAAGAAAUAUGCAUCAAAAAAACUGUUUCAAAAAUCAGCUGAAGAAAAAACUAUCAGCACUUUAUUUUUACCUCCUGCCAUUCCUAAACUUUUGAAAGUCAAGCCAACUAAAUCCAGUGUAGGACAAUCAUUUAAAUCAACUCAGCAUACCACAGUUAAAGGAAUGCAUGCUAAACAGAAGGAAAAGAAAAAUGUGAAAAUGAUAGCUACAACCAAGAAACCAAAGAUCAAGCAGAACAUUGUGGCAAAACAAAAGAAGUAUGAUAGUUCUAAGCUUUCUCCAAAGAAAACUGAUUUUUCAAAGAUGUCUUCAAAGAAAUUUAGAUCUGAAUCAUCAGAGAAGAAGGAUUUAAAGGCUAGUAAUGCCAAGGGCAUUAUUCAUACAGCUAUAAAUAAAGCCCCAGUGAAAGAAGACAAGAAUGUGAAUAAUAAAACAGGUAUGGAACACAAGAGCAGGCAAGCUAAAAGUCCAGCAGGAAAUAAGAACCCAAAAGAAAGAAAGAAUAUCAGACCUACUAAAAGACCACAGUAAGCUAAAUAUUUCAAUUUAGGCAAUCUAAUGCAAAAUAUCAUCCUAUGUGUACAUUUGGACUCAACAGAUGUGCAGUUUUUCUCAGGAAAUUUGCGUUGUUCUGACUGUACUAGAGAACCAUCUCCAUAGUUUUGUUAUAGCAAGCAGGCUGCUGAAUUCACUACAUAGCUAUAAGGAGUAACCAUAGUUGUGUAAAACUAUUACUUUAUUGUUAAUGUAUUUUAGGUAAAGAAUACCAGAACAGAUGGAAGUACUCAUAUCAUAAAUAAUUUAGGAAAACAUUUGUGUAUAUCUGACUGCAUGACAUGUCUUUCCCAGAUGUACUGAUCUUAGAUUUCUAUGUCUGCAAGCUGGACCUUGCAAGAACAUGCAAAUAUUUGUCAAUUAUGAAUCAUUUUAUGGUCUUCAGUUAAUACAUUUACAGUCAUUACAUUUUUUCAGAAUAUUGUAUCAUUUGCCAUUCAUAAUUUGAAAUUUAGAACAUCAUAUUGUAAUGUUGGUAGUGCCUAUCUUCUGUAAAUGUGCACAGGCUUAGACUUAUGUGCUUCAUGUUAUUAAUUAAAAAUAACGGUGAAGUGUACUGUCGUAUACAAUUUAGUUUUUUUUUUUUCAUUUUUUUAAAUCUUUUAAACAACAUAAGACCA